GCGGUUUUUGCCUGACACAGCAGCUCGACAGCUCCUCCAGAAGUUUUUCUGUCUCGCUUACGGCCCUCAGCAGGGCUGCGGCCUCCCGCAAGAAGAACGCCGACCUCGAGGCCGUGCGGCCGCGGCUGCUCCUGCUUGCACACCAUUCCCGGGAAGCUCCGGGUGACCCUGCCCGGUUCCCCGGGCACCAGCUGCACCCUGGCUCUGGCAGACGGACGCGCGGCUCUGCCGGCCGCAGGCUGCCCGCUUUCCCCGUCCGAACCCGCCAGCUCCUCCCGGGCAAGGGCGCGGCUGCCCGAGGUCGCUCCCCCGGCCGGGAACGAGCCGCUCCGCUGCAUGCCGGCGCCGCCGCUCCCUCGCCGUCGCACAAGGCCCCGCGCCUUUCCGCCCCGGCUCCGCCUCUGCUUUCCGCGCUGCCAUGGCCGGGCCGCCGGUCACGCAGCAGGUCGGGCGGGCGCGGGGCAGCGGGCGGCGGCCGGAGCAGGAGCAGCAGCAGCUGCGGGAGGCCGCCCGCUGCCUGCUGCUGGACUCGGACGGGAGGAGCGUGCCCUUCCCGGCGCUGUACGCGGAGCAGAAAGCCAUCGUGCUGUUCGUGCGGAAUUUUUUGUGUUACACCUGUAAGGAGUACGUAGAAGACCUGGCAAAAGUCCCCAAGGCAUUUUUACAAGAAUCAAAUGUGAGGCUUAUAGUUAUUGGGCAGUCGUCAUAUCAUCACAUCAAGCCCUUUUGCAGUUUAACUGGGUAUACACAUGAAAUGUAUGUAGAUCCACAAAGGGAACUUUAUAAAGUACUUGGCAUGAAAAGAGGUGAAGGUAAUAAAGUAUCAGUUCGGAGCCCUCAUGUGAAAUCAAAUGCACUACUGGGAAGCAUUAGGAGUAUAUGGAGAGCAAUGACUGGCCCAGCUUUUGAUUUUCAAGGAGACCCUGCUCAGCAGGGAGGAGCUUUGAUUAUAGGCCCAGGCAAUGAAGUUCAUUUUUUGCACCUUGAUAAAAACAGGCUGGAUCAUGUUCCCAUUAAUACAGUUUUGCAGCUGGCAGGAGUUAAAACAGUGAAUUUCUCAAACAAACCCCAGAUUAUUGACGUAUGACACUGAUGUAAUAUAUACUUUUUUUAAAAUUUGUGCUCUACAAGAACAGUUCUCCAGUGAAUUCCAACAAGCAUUGUUCUGCUGUGUCUUUGUGGGACAUCUGAAACCUUAUGGAGAAAAUCAGAGCAUAGAAACUACCUGACACUAGAGAUGGAUACAAAAGUGUUAUUUCCAUUGAGUACCAGGUAAUAAAAACUAAAACACAACUGAGACUGAUUGAAAAAAAUCCUGGAGCUUAUUACUGUCUCAUCAAACAAUUUUGCUAAUAUAUUUUAAAAAUCAUUGUUCAAGGCACACUAAAGUAAGAAAUCAGAUUUUGCUCAGGAAAACUUGGAUUCUUGCGUUCAGCAGAUCAAUGCUGGUUUUCAAUCCAAGACUUCUCAGCACUGUUUUAAAGUUUUCCAGCAGUAUAAAAAUUUUGUAUUUAAAUGUACCUUGAAAAGUCACAAUUUUGAACACCUGGAUUUAAGCUUAUGCCUACUCUUGUAUCUGGCACUGGCAGAAGUUAUGAAAUAUAUUUCACAAUUUCAAAUAAAUAUUUUAAAUACAUCA